UCAAAGGCAUUGAAUGGAGUCUUCGAUCGGUACAUAGAACGAUUGUUUAUUUCAUUCGAUCACAGACUUGGGGUUCAGAGGAGUAUGCAAAAUAUGUAAAAAUCGGCCUUCAGAUAUGUCAAAUUUUAGAAAGAGGCUGCCUUCGAAGGCGAUCAGCAGCUCACGUACCACAACAGGCGAAGAUAAAAACAAACAAGAUGAAGCCAGUUCUGUAGAAGCUCGCACAUUACGAAUUGAAACAAAUGAAUUGAUCGAUUCGAAAUAUGGUUUUGACCGUUACAAAGACCCAACCGACCGCCUUGGGUGGCUGAUUAACAUGCAUCCAACUGAGGUUCUCGACGAUGAGAAGAAGUUGAUUAGUGCGCUGGACAUGUACUUCAUUCAAGACGAUGGUAGAAAAUUCAGGGUCCCUUUGCCCUUCAAGCCAUAUUUCUACAUCUUGGCAAAGAAGGACACAGAUCGUGAGCUUGCUACGUUCUUGAACAGGAAGUUUUCAGGUCUCUUAUCAAAUAUAGAGACAGUUCCAAAAGAAGACUUAGAUUUGCCAAAUCACCUUGUUGGUCUACGGCGGAGCUACAUUAAGCUUUCUUUCAUGAACGUUAAUGACCUGAUGAAAGUUAAGAGAGUGAUAAUGCCAGCUGUUCGUAAGAAUAAGGAAAGACUUAACUCAAAUACCACGUACAAUCUCGUGGUGAAUCAAAAUGUCGACGAUAAAUGGGCCGGAAACAAAUCUCUGUUCGAUCAGAUGGAGAAUAUCAUUGAUAUCAGAGAGUACGAUGUGCCAUAUCACGUUCGCGUCGCGAUUGAUUUGAAGAUUCACGUGGGUCAUUGGUACAAGGUGAAGGUGCGAGGAGGAUUAUAUCCCGAGAUGGAAAGACAAGAUGAUUUGUUGGAUAGGCCUGAUCCAGUGGUGUUCGCCUUUGAUAUUGAGACUACGAAACUUCCGCUGAAAUUUCCUGACUCCAGUGUUGAUAGCAUUAUGAUGAUUUCCUACAUGAUUGAUGGCCAGGGGUAUUUAAUCACAAACAGAGAGAUUGUCUCUGAAGAUAUUGAGGAUUUUGAAUAUACUCCGAAACCAGAUUACGAAGGUCCAAUAAUCGUCCUAAAUGAACCGGAUGAGAUAAGUCUGCUCCACCGUUUCUUUGAACAUAUUCAAGAGGUGCAGCCAAGCGUAUUUGUAACCUACAACGGAGACAGUUUCGAUUGGCCAUUUAUUGAAGCUCGAGCAUUGCAUCACGGCUUGAAGAUGGCUGACGAAAUAGGAUUUGCACCGGAUUCCCAACAAGAGUAUAAAUCGAGAGCUGCAAUUCAUAUGGACUGUUUUAGAUGGGUAAAACGUGACAGUUACUUACCUGUUGGUAGCCAAAAUCUUAAAGCAGUGACAAAGGCUAAGUUGCGGUACAAUCCAAUUGAAUUGGAUCCUGAAGAAAUGUGCCGCAUGGCUAGCGAGCAACCACAGGAAAUGGCUAACUAUUCGGUUUCUGAUGCCGUUGCAACGUAUUAUCUUUACAUGAAGUAUGUGCAUCCCUUCAUCUUUGCACUCUGCACCAUUAUUCCCAUGGAGCCUGAUGAAGUAUUACGCAAAGGUUCUGGAACUUUAUGCGAGGCCUUGCUCAUGGUUCAAGCGUUCCACGCCAACGUCAUUUUUCCUAACAAACAAGAACAGGUCUUUAGUAAGCUUACCAAUGAUGGACAUCUUUUGGACUCCGAGACUUACGUUGGUGGCCACGUUGAAGCUUUGGAAUCCGGCGUGUUUCGUAGCGACAUACCGUGUCGAUUCCGCAUGUCCCCUUCAGCCUGUCAGCAGCUAAUUGACGAUGUAGAAAGUACGAUGCGUCAUACAAUCAUCGAAGAGGAAAAAAUCGCCAUUGAGACGGUUACAAAUUUUGAAGAGGUGUGCGAGAAAAUAAAAGAGAAACUCACGUUGUUGCGAGAUACGCCAAACCGGCUUGAAAACCCUAUGAUUUAUCAUUUGGACGUCGGCGCUAUGUAUCCCAAUAUAAUCUUGACAAACCGUUUGCAGCCUUCAGCGAUGGUUGAUGAAACAACUUGUGCAAGAUGUGAUUUUAACAAACCUGGGGCAAAAUGUCAACGUAACAUGAAAUGGAUGUGGAGAGGAGAAUACUCUCCGGCAAGUCGAAAUGAAUAUCAGACAAUCAAACAGCAACUUGAAGUGGAGAGGAUACCUGGUUUGGAACCAGGGGACCCUCCGCGAUCGUUUCAUUCCCUAACGAAUGCUGAGAAGGCGCAGAUGGAAAAGAAAAGACUGUCAGAAUACUGUCACAAAGCGUACAAGAAGACCAAGAUAAGUCGAAUCGAAGACAGAGAAACAACAAUUUGUCAGAGAGAAAAUUCAUUUUACGUCGACACAGUGCGUGCAUUUCGAGAUCGCAGAUACGAAUUCAAAGGGCAGUUAAAGAUCUGGAAAAAGAAGUUAUCAGCUGCCAUGGACAAAGGCGACGCACAAGAAAUAAAAAGUUGUAAAAGUAAAGAAGUUCUGUAUGACUCACUUCAGCUUGCACACAAGUGUAUUUUGAAUUCUUUCUACGGUUAUGUAAUGAGAAAAGGCGCCCGCUGGUAUUCGAUGGAAAUGGCCGGAAUUGUUUGUUGCACAGGCGCCAACAUUAUAACAAGGGCGAGAGAGAUCGUUGAACAAAUCGGGCGGCCAUUGGAACUUGAUACCGACGGAAUUUGGUGCAUUCUUCCCGCAAGUUUUCCCGAAAAUUUCCAGGUGACAACAACAAAUCCUAAAAAAAGCAAAGUUGCCAUUUCAUUUCCUGGAGCAAUGUUGAAUAUAAUGGUCAAGAAUUAUUUUACAAACGAUCAAUAUCAAGAACUCGUGGAUAAAGACGAUAUACAUUACACCGUCAGAAGUGAAAACUCUAUCUUUUUUGAGGUUGAUGGUCCUUACAAGGCAAUGAUAUUACCUGCUGCAAAAGAAGAAGGAAAAAAACUUAAGAAAAGAUAUGCUGUGUUCAACGAAGAUGGAUCGCUGGCCGAAUUGAAAGGUUUUGAAGUGAAACGACGUGGUGAACUUCAACUUAUCAAGAUUUUCCAAUCGUCGGUUUUCGAAUCCUUUCUGGAAGGAUCCUCCUUGGAAGAGGUUUACAACGCUGUUGGCAAGGUUGCCAACUAUUGGCUCGAUGUUCUUUAUACGCAGGCGCCAAACAUGCCUGACACUGAGCUCUGUGACCUGAUUUGUGAAAAUCGCAGCAUGUCCCGUAAGCUGGAAGAAUAUGGAUCGCAAAAGUCAACUUCGAUCAGCACGGCAAAAAGACUGGCUGAAUUUCUCGGAGAUCAAAUGGUGAAGGACAAAGGCCUAAGUUGUAAAUUUAUCAUCUCGAGAAAACCAGAAGGAUCUCCCGUGACAGAGCGUGCUAUUCCUUUGGCCAUAUUUCAGACGGACGAUGGCGUAAAGAGACAUUAUCUCCGAAGAUGGUUGAAAAGUCCAGGGUUGACGAAUUUUGAUAUUCGCAACAUCUUAGAUUGGGAUUACUACAUAGAAAGAUUGAACAGCGCUAUCCAGAAGAUCAUUACAAUUCCAGCUGCUUUGCAAGGGGUCUCAAAUCCAGUGCCACGAUGUCUUCAUCCGGAUUGGUUGCACAAACGUCUUCUGGAAAAGAACGAUGUUUUUAAACAACAACGGAUUACUCAAAUGUUCUCGGUGGUUCCGAAGUCUAAAGCACCAGCUGACGAGGAUUCGAACGUCAAUUCAGACAGCGUCCGGGACAUAGAAGAUAUUGGUCACUCAUCAACCACCGCACAUUCGACGCUGCCUGUUGCUACGAAAAGAAAGAGUUCCGUUUUAAACAAUUCGUCUAAUACCCAGUCUUCUGACGCUGACCUCUCGAAAUCGUGGAUGGAGGUUCUUGGGCCCCCUCCUCCUAUUGGUGAAACUAAGGCGGAACGGGCUGUGUGGGUAGAAUUUCAAAAACGAAAAUGGGAAUUCCAAAGGAAGCAAAGGAAGGAAAAGAAGCGUCUUAGAGUUCAAGCUGAAGGAAUGGGAAUGGACGUCAGAGGUGGGCGAACUAGACCGAUUUCAGGAAUGUCGUCAUUUUUGCAGCGUCAAGCGAAGUCAAUCUUGGACCAAUCCUGGCAGGUGAUACAGAUGGCUGAAACGGACUCACCUGGAUCAUAUAAACUCUGGGCUUUAAUUGGUUCCGAUCUGCAUGCAAUUAAGGUUCAUGUUCCGAGAAUAUUUUAUGUCAAUUGCCGUACUUCGAAAUCAGGAACGAGCUCUACCUGGCGUCGUGUUGGACGAACUUUACCGCGAUCUCAACCUGUUGGUCAUCUGUACCAAUAUUCGGUUCCCGAAUCCCUGUACAAAGAACACGCAAGUCAGUUAGCGGAUGAUCUAUCUUCACCUGAUAUUGAGGGGAUCUACGAGUCGCAGGUUCCUUUGUUGUUUCGUGCGAUCACAUCACUUGGUUGCGUUUGCUCUGUGGACAGGACUUAUGCACAACUAUGCUUUGGAAGGGAAAUUGAUUCAUUUGAUUUGGAUCAAUUACAAUUCAGAACGCUGGCUGAAUGCAAUUACCUCCCUGAAGGAAACGUGAAGCAUAUUUAUAUGUAUCAUAGUGAGGGAAAUAGCAGAACAAUAUUUGGAGUGUUUUUCAACUCUACGCAAAAGGCGUCGUUCUUUGUUGUGGACACAGUGAGAAAAAAUCAUAUGCCCAAUCUUGAUUCUCUCUAUCAAGCUGAAAGGAGUGAAAGGGUCAAGCGUGCAGCAGAAGAAGGCGAUGAUGAACCCAUACUCCCCCCUUCCGAAAUACAUUUUGAAGUCAGAGUCGAUACGGACCCAAAACAUGCUAUUCGUGCUAUACAAAGAUCACUUGCAAAUUACAAAGAAGAAAAGAAAGGACCCACAAUGAUACUUCUUCAAUCGUCUUCGGGCAAAGAACAAUUGAAAGCUCUUAUUCCAGGACUAAACGACUUUCCUGUUAUUUCAAUUCCCAAUAAUGAAAGUGAGACGCCAUUUAAUAUUCUGGAUUGGCAGAGAAAUGCUGCAAAAAGAGUCAUCAAACAUUACUUGUAUAGUGAAACCUGGUUUCAGGCCCAAGUUGAACACGCAAGAUACUGCCACAUACCAGUUGGCAACAUUACUACGGACGCUGCAGUUUUUUCCAGCGAUGUAUUCUAUGCACGUAAUCUUCUAAAGAAUAAUCACGUGUUGUGGCUCUCUCCAGGCGAAAAACCUGACUUGGGUGGGAAAGAGGAAGACGAUAAUAGACCAGGCUUGGAAUUUGAAGGAGAUCACAUCGUUGAAGUGAACAGCCCAGGUGCUUAUCCCACUGUUUGCGUUGAACUAUCUUUAGAUGGGCUUGCUGUCAAUGCCGUUUUGCAGUCAUCCAACAUAAACGACUUUGAAGGCGGUGCAGGCUCUGCAGCAGUCAGCUUUGAAAACAUCAACCAGGUCUCUUUGGAGGAGAUGGUUACGACCGGAGGUGGAGCCGCUGCCAACAGUUUGACAGCUUAUGAUGAAACCGCUCUGUGUGGCAGUGCAUUCAGGGUGUUAAAAUCUAUGGUUCAUUGUUGGUUACACGAAGUAUCUUCCUUCCAGAAUCCCUAUGCUGAUCUUCAGUUAGUUCAUUUUUACCGAUGGCUUCAAAAUCCUUCGUCCUUACUUUACGACCCUGCUCUGGCUCGUCUGGUGCAAGGAAUGAUGAAGAAACUAUUUUUACAACUUAUUUCGGAAUUCAAAAGACUGGGUGCCACCGUUGUUUUUGCCAACUUCAAUCAAAUCAUCAUUUGCACUAGGAAAAGGAGUGUCACCGAUGGAUUUGCAUAUAUCAAUUAUAUUCUCAAAAGUAUUCAGUCCAAGGAGUUGUUCUGCAGCCUUGAUAUUACUGCAACCGGAUGUUGGGAAUAUCUUUUGUGGAUGGAUCAGGCAAACCAUGGUGGUGUGCGAGGCGAGGUUCCCAGAGAUGAUGACGAUGUUGAAAAUAAUAACGAAGAAGAUGAAAAUGGAUCUGAUGUUGAAGAGAUUGAUAACAAACCUGAUAAAAAAACUCGCCCAGUAGAAAUGAACUGGAAUAUUGGUAAAUAUUUACCCUCUUCAGCUUCGUGUCAAAACUUCUUUAAGAUUGUUAUCGCGAAACACAUUCAUAAUAUUCAUAAACACCUUUUGGCUGAACGGCGUCUAAUCGAACCCGGUUCAACUCCGGUAAGAAAACGGACCGGAUCUUCCCAAACUCAGAAAAUGGCGGAUUCCUCAGCAACACCAAGUCUUGUCUCUUUCACUCAAAAGCAAAUCGAGGGAGACGUAACACAACAUCUUUUUACCAUAACACAGAAAAUCCAACAGACAUUGUCUGGUGAUAGGCAUUCACGAGGCGAUCCUAGCGCAGAAUUCCCUCUGCUCCCUGGCUCACAUCUACCUCUCAAUAACCCAGCUUUGGAGUUCGUGAAAUAUGUUUGUAAGGCAUUGUCCUUGGACUCCAAUACACAAAACCAAGUAAACAAACUUAGACGUGACUUGCUCAGAUUAAUCGGAGUUGGUGAAUUUUGCCUUGAAGCAACAUUUAUUGAUCCCUGCCUAUCAUUUGUUCUCCCCGAGGUUAUCUGUACAUAUUGCAAUGGUUGUCGGGAUAUAAAUCUCUGCCGUGACACUUAUAUCGUACAUCCUGAGGGAGAUAGAGCUAUUGCACUUCAAUGUCCGUACUGUCAAAAUGAGUAUGAUAUGCAGGAUAUUGAACAAAUGCUUAUAAGUAAUGCACAAGACAAGUCGAUGGCGUUUGUACUACAAGAUGUAGCCUGUUCGAAAUGCCUGGGUGUUAAAGAUCAGAACAUAGCCUCUUAUUGCCGCUGCGCAGGAGAAUUUGUUAACACAAUUAAGAGAGAAACCUUUCGAGAAAAGAUGAAAACGUUUCAAAACAUUGCCAGAUAUUACAAGUUUCGACAAUUGCAAGAGACAGUGGAUUGGAUACUUCAAAUGAACUGAUAUGAAAGAAGUUGACCGAACUAACCAUUCCAGCGAAUCAAGUGCAUUUAAAGUGCCUAUACA